UGUUACUCAAGAUCUAGACUCUACCCGUGAGACAAAUCUCCGCCUAAAGGAACGCGUUUUGGAAGUAUGAGCAAAGAGAACGUGAUAUGCCGACCGGCCUCUUUAAAAUUUACCAUCGACAACAUUCUUAAUAAAGAUGCAUUUGACAUAAAUUCCGCAAAAUCGAAGGCUACACUAGAUGUCGCUUAUCAAGACCGAAGGAAUCGGUCACCACAUACCGACGAGUCAGUGCAGCCGGUCAUCGCAUGUGCUUUCAACUUGAAUGAAGUUGACCAAGAGGAUGCGCAAAGACUGUUUGACAUGUGUCACAAAACGGAAAGCCUGAGGAACAUCGUAGAGGAUCACGGCGAACAGAAAAGCGUCAAAAAAACCAAACCUCUAACAAAAAAGAAAACGCGCACAAUUUUCUCCAAAAGACAAAUUUUUCAGUUGGAAGCAACAUUUGACAUGAAAAAAUACCUGAGCAGCGCCGAGCGAACCUGUCUUGCUAACUCUCUCCAACUCACAGAGACGCAAGUGAAAAUAUGGUUUCAAAACCGUCGAAAUAAGUUGAAGCGGCAGUUAUCUACGGACUGUGAUGGAUCCUGUUCACCUGAAGACGUCACACCUGAUCCUCUAAAGACUUUGCAGUUACCCGGUCUAUAUAGAGAAAGUGUUGGCAACGUAGCAUGGAAGGGAUGCUUUAUGCCUUUUCCCUUGGUGUAUCCUGGAAGCCCAUCUUCAUACUUGUACCUUUCCAAUUCAAGUAACUAUUUCAGCAUUUUCGAUCGAGAUGCGUAAUUUUUCCGAUGCAUUUUGGACGCUGACUGACCGCUUCAUUGCUUUUUAUGAAAAUAAAAAAUAACUUCCGACGUUUUCUAGCCUAAAUGUUAUACCUCAGUCUCAUAGCUUGUAUGAAUUUUGGCGCACAUUUAAAGAACUAGUAGGCCUAUAAAUACAAAUAUAGGCUAAUAAUUGACGGUUAUGUAAAGGGGUUUACAUGAGAAAUUCUUGGUUUUAAGAUGAAUUUCUUAUCGGAUUUUAAAGCCCGAACUGGAGGUUGCUCUGUCAGAGAAACCAAAUAGGCCUAAUCGAUAUUAGACCAUACUAUUAUUAAAAAAAAGUAAUAAUUUACCUGUUUGAAGUUUAUUGACAUAUCGAUAUUGCAAAUUUUAAGGAAUGUUAAUGCAGGAUUCUUGAUUUUUUUUGUAUGCGUUAAUUUAAAAGCGGACUAGCCCAACGAAAUUAACGUAUAACUCCCCUUCGUUUUAUAAACAGUUCAGCUGUAUGUUCAACUUAGUUGGGGUGUAAAAGUGAUUUUAGAUUGCAGCGUCUAUAAAUUAUAACAGAAUCAAAUAAAAUUGUUCAUCUUAACUUAUCACUGCAGUUAUUUAAGAGUUAAAUAAAGUGUAAAAUAAAUGGUACAAUAAAAAUGUAAUAUAUGUACAAUAGAAAGGUGUAAUUAUGGCCCGUUGGUAUUUCGAACUAAGUUUGUUAAGGGUUACUCGCUCUCUUCGGGUCACUUGCUCCGCUGCGUGAAGCCAGUGGGCUGCCUCCUUCCUGUCACAACCAUUUAAGAUCCCAGUUAACCUGUGCAUUCAACCACUUAGUCUGCGAGGAAUGCAUUUGAUUGCUUUGAUAAUACCCUCAUUCCCCUGUAAAGACAACUGGAGCAUAUUUGCCUCGUUUUCACACAGUGAUAAGCUCAAAGACCCAACUAACACGAGGUGAUUCAAUGCCAUGGCAUGGUUUGCAGAUAGCCGCUGAUAUUUUAUAUUUAAAAUUAUUUUAAUAUGGACAAAUUGAUUCUAAAUUUUGCUUAAAGUCUUAAGGGUAAUUUUGGAAUAAAUGCGCUUUGACAUGCGCUUUGACGUGAAAUUGCCUCAAGGCAAACAGUUGGGUCUGUAAUUCUUUAAACUACUAAAAUAUUCCUUAAUGUCAUUUAAGUUUUUUGGUUAAACUUAAGUUUUAAGCUUUACAUAUAUAUAUUUAAAGUAAAUUGGAAAUAUGUUUUCUUCACCUGGUUAAAGUUAUUGCAUUGAUAAAAAACGUGUAACAUGCUAAAGGCACAUUAUUAAAAACAAAUGUGCUAAAAAUGAUUGCAACGAUCCCAUGUAAGAACUUAAAAUAUAAACUUUUUGCCCACCCUUUUUUGCAACAGAAAGUUUCUCUGGAUUCCGAACCUUUAUUUUUAAGUGCAAUUUCAGAUAUGCAAAAUCACAAAAUCAUUUUUUAUCUGCUAAUUAUUACCUUAUUCGAUAAC